CAUAUACACAGAUACCAUGGCGAUACGCGGUGAUUUUAAUGUACUCAAAUUCAAAACCUACGAGGAAUAUCUUGGAUCAUUUACCAGGAUGGAUGAGUAUCGAUACUUGAGCAGUAAAAAGAUGAUAAAUGCGCUAGUUAAGCUCGGCUAUCGCACAAAUACGACCAUAUAUGAGGAGGCUGAAUUCUAUGAGCAACAGAAGAACUUACUCCUUCUGCUCAAUCCAAAGUCGACAACAACAACAUUGUUCAGCCAUCACCUGAAGAGCACGGAUCCAGCAUUAGUUGCGUUGGCGAUACGCGAGGAGCCCAAUAUGCAGAAAAAGUUAUCGACCAUUAUAUUACUGCAAUUGCGGCAACGCAGCGGUUUCGAUAUAUCCGGUUAUAUAGACUAUGAAGAUAGCCUGAGCGCCUGUGCUCAGCAUAAGCUUGGCGCGCUCAACUGGAGGGGCAUAUUUGAGGGUCGGGUUAUGCUGCGACCGAAUCCAGGUCAUUUAAGCUUCUAUGACUGGCAUAGCGGUAAAAUAAGUAUCAAUCAUAGCGGCAACUAUGAGAUCAUCCAUUACGGCACCUCGCUGAUGUUCAAGCACAAGGGCGAUCACAAGUUUGUUCCCGUUACCGUGGCGGACAACUUGUACAAGGAGAAUGUGAAACGCUCACUCUAUAUGUCGCCCAUAUACGGCUGUGUCAUACUCUACGAUCAUGUUGUUCGAAAGGCAUCCUAAAAACUGUUUAAGAAAUGGAAAGGCAUUCGAUUUCUAGGUCAUUGCCGCAGGAUUAAUAUUUUCAUUGAUUGGAUUGGAUUGGAUUGAGAACAAGGAUUUUUAGUCUCAACUUCAGGGAACUGAAUCAAACGUGUGCAACAUUUUAUGAUUUAAAAUUAUGAGCUGUAUGAU